AUGUUUUCAUUAUUUUCAAAUCUCACUUGUAACAAUUCAUCAAAGUCACCACUAAAACAUCACACUACUCUUCAACUAAAAUCCAAAUUAUUAAUCCUUCCAAAUGAAUUAUUGGCGGAAAUCUGUGAGAAUUUAUCCCCUCAAGAUUUAUUUUCACUCACUUCGGUAUGCAAAGAGUUAAGGAAUAUUUUAUGGUCGGAUAAAUCAAAUAUAACGCAACAAAUUUGGCGUAAUUCUCGUAAUAAAUUUUACCCUAAUCUAAAAUCUCCGCCACUUAUUGGUAUGAGUGAACAACAAUAUCUCUGGCUAACGGUAUUAGCCAAGCAAUGUCAAUUUUGUGAUGAAAGUGAUGUGAACUUGCUAAAAAAAUAUUGGGAAUUUCAAAUUAUUUGUUGUGAGAAUUGUUUAAAUAAACGAGUGGAAAG